CUCAACGUGUCGGUGUCUCAUUUUACCCCAAGUAAAUAUUAAAAAAAAAAAAAUACACCCCAUUAAACGUGUGAGCCCCAAGCAAUGUAUUUUUCCACAUUGAUCCGACAUUAUACGAUAACCCCCAUAGAGGACUAUUUUUCACAAGUUCAAUUGUGAUAAAUUUGUGGAUACAAUCAAUGCCAAUGUACGAGAAAUGACAACUCUAAAUCCGGAUGGCUAUUAGGAUGAUUUUUUCAUCGAAGAAAAAAAAAUAUGAGUGUAUCACCAUGAGAACGAUCAGACUCAUUGUCGAAAGUUUAAUGAAGUAAAUUGAUGAGUCGCAGCGAAUUAAGAUCUCUUUGCUACGUAAGAAGAAGGAGAAGAAGAAGAAGAAGAGAUAAAAUAUGUAUUGGACCGAAGAGAACUGCAGUGAGAGAGAAAAACGAUGAAUUCCGCAUCAAUACUGACAAAACGUGAAAAGAGAUGAGAUCAUUCGUUUGUCAGAGGUGAAUUCCAUUCGAUAAUGGCAGCUAAUGGAUUGUCAAUUUUCCUCUGCCUUUUCAUGAAUUAACAAAAGUGCCAGAUAUUUGAAUGACAAUGGUGAGGAAGAAGUGAUCUUCGUCGGAAGGUGGAAGGAAGAUGGCAAACACAGUAUGCGUUUCCAAAUAACGAGAUGAUAAAGUGAAUAACAAUUUUAAAAUAACAACAGAGAAUACUGUCAAUCAUGUCUCAAUAAAAAAUCACAAGUAGAUGAAAAAACUAGAGGCAAAUGGAGUAAUGGAUUAGUUGAAUUCUGGUGAUUGUUGACAGCGGGGAUUUUAUUUAUGUCGAAAAUGACUGACAACGGGAAUUUACAUCAUCGCAAGCGACAAACAUCAUUACGCAUUCUCCUGAAUUUACACGAUGUUGCUAUCGGCAUUGGAAUUCUAUUCUGUCUCGACAAAAUAUUACUGUGCGAUGGACAAAAACCAAUUAAUCUUGGUGGUGUGAAACGACGUGACGUGUACAUUGCCGGUUUCUUUCCAUAUGGUCGGCAUGUACCUGAAAGCCAUAUUGGACGUGGUGUUAUGCCGUCUGUGAAACUCGCUGUAGACCACAUCAAUGACAAUCCAACUGUAUUAAGGAAUUAUCGUUUACACAUGUGGUGGAAUGACACCGAAUGCAAUGCUGCGGUGGGUGUUAAGGCGUUCUUUGAUAUGAUGCACAGUGGACCUCACAAGGUCAUGUUAUUCGGUGCAGCAUGUACACAAGUAACGGAUCCAAUUGCCAAAGCAUCAAAGCACUGGCGCCUCACACAGCUGAGCUACGCUGACACUCAUCCCAUGUUUACCAGUGAUAAUUUUCCAAAUUUCUUCAGAAUCGUACCCUCGGAAAAUGCAUUCAAUGCACCGAGAGUUGCACUUCUCAAUCAUUUCAAUUGGACGAGAGUUGGUACCAUCUACCAGAAUGAACCGAGAUACGCACUGGCCCACAACCGACUGGUGGCAGAUCUCGACGACAAUAAAUUGGAAGUGGUGGAAACCCAGAGUUUUGCAACAGAAGUGAGUGCAGCCCUUGAAAAGCUCAAGCGUAAAGACGUGAGGAUAAUAAUUGGUAACUUCAAUGAGAUAUGGGCCCGAAGAAUAUUCUGCGAGGCUUACAGGUACAGAAUGUUCGGACGGAAAUACCAGUGGAUGAUAAUGGGUACAUACACUGAAAAAUGGUGGUUAAACGAGGAUGGUGGAUGUGCACCGUCUGAGCUUGCAGAGGCUCUUCAUGGCGCCAUUUUAACUGACCUACUUCCACUCUCGACUGAACGUCAGAUUACAGUUUCGGGCAUCACACCAGACGAAUAUCAAGUGGAGUAUGACUCAAGAAGGGGCAGCGAGUACUCACGAUUCCAUGGUUACACGUAUGACGGUAUCUGGGCAGUUGCUCUUGCCAUUCAACAUGUAGCCAGAAGGAUACGACACUUUAGGAGAAAUCAGACUGUCGCUGACUUCAAAUACAGAGAUCCGCUUUGGGAAAAGCUAUUUCUUGAAGCACUGCGAAACACGAGCUUUGAAGGGGUUACUGGUCCCGUUCGUUUUUACGACAACGAGCGUAAAGCUUAUAUCCUACUGAAACAAUUUCAAAGCGGUAAGGAAGUUAAAAUUGGUGAGUACGAUGGUAUCACUGGCUCCCUGGAUUUCAGCAGAGGCCAAUCUCUGAUUUGGCGUGGUAGAUCACCCCCCAAGGACCGUACAGUACACGUUAUCGAACACUCAACCGUUAACAUCACAAUUUACUCAGUUAUUGCAUCGGCAGCUGCUGUCGGCAUUGUUAUGGCCGCAGUAUUCCUUGCUAUCAAUAUCAGAUAUAGGAAUCAAAGGUAUAUAAAAAUGUCAUCGCCACAUCUGAACAACCUCAUUAUCGUCGGUUGCAUGUUGACAUACAGCAGUGUUAUAUUUCUCGGUCUCGAUUCGACCCUGUCAAGCGUAACAGCAUUUCCCUAUAUUUGUACAGCAAGGGCGUGGCUUCUCAUGGCUGGUUUUUCAUUGGCAUUUGGCGCAAUGUUUUCAAAAACAUGGCGCGUACAUUCUAUAUUUACAGAUGUCAAGCUCAAUAAAAAAGUAAUUAAAGACUAUCAACUUUUUAUGGUUGUCGGUGUUCUGUUGAUCAUUGACUUGGCGAUAAUGACAACGUGGCAAGUGGCUGAUCCUUUUUACAGAGAGACCAAGCAGAUGGAACCUUAUCCGCAUCCAUCGAGUGAUGAUAUAAUGAUGAUUCCGGAGAAUGAGUACUGCCAAAGCAAUAGAAUGACUCUUUAUCUUGGUGGAAUUUAUGUUUAUAAAGGUCUUUUGAUGAUAUUCGGGGCAUUUUUAGCGUGGGAGACUCGUCACGUUAGCAUACCAGCACUGAAUGAUAGUAAAUACGUAGGGAUGAGUGUUUACAAUGUAGUAAUUAUGUGUGUUACGGGUGCGGCAAUAAGUUUUGUACUUGCUGACAAACAGGACACAAUGUUCAUAAUGCUAUCGAUAUUCAUAAUAUUCUGCAGUACGGGGACCCUUUGUCUCGUGUUUGUGCCAAAAUUGAUUGAAUUGAGAAGAAAUCCUCAGGGAGCUAUCGACAAAAGGAUUAGAGCGACUUUGAGACCGUCAUCGAAAACAAGACGUGAUUCGAUAGUUAGUGAACUGGAGGAGCGUUUGAAGGAGGCAGCAAAGGCCAAUCAGAAAUUUAGGAAGGAACUUCUUGAGAAAGAGUCGGAGCUGCAGAUGUGCAUGAGACGUUUGGGUGAUGAAGUGGGAUUGCAGAAUACUAAGGAAACUAUGGACAAACUUACCAUCCCCCAAAAUCAGGAGACACUCAUUAAGAGAGAAGGUCCGUCAAUGGCAACUGAAACAACGGAUAUUUCAAUGUCAUUAUGCAGCCUGAAUUCCACAAUAGUAUCACAACCAGAGGGUGAAUAUGUCAAUGUCAUGGCUGUAGAUGAUCAACAGUCCAUAAUGAAAAAGCAAGGAACCUCGGGAAUAUUAUCAGAGGGUACUAAGCGAACUCAAGCUAUUUCCAAUGCAACGAAUUCACCUCAGUCCCAGUGUAGAAAGUAUCGGAAUGGGGAAUAUCAAGAGAGUGAACCACUUAUUGAUAAAUUAACAAAUGACAAUUUGCAAUGCCGUAAUACGGAGAUUGGUAAAACGAAUAUUGAGUUUGUUGGUGAGACUGUUGAGGAGUCUGAGGAGUCAGUGGUGCUUGAAGAAACUGAUAUACCCCGUGAUGGAGAUAGCGUAGUUGUUGUGAAGAAGGAAAAAGAGAUGAGUGUUGAUAAAAAAAAAAGACUUCCAACCCCGCCGCCGGUGAAAAAUGUAUCAUUUGGUGAAUUACACGAACAAUGUUAUCUGGAGCAAGCUAUACUUCCACCGCCAGUUCAAUUUGUACCUAAACACCGACACCAAGUGCAUCAUCAGGGCUCAACAAAACGUCGGGCAUCAGUGAAAAAUAAUGGUCUCGCUCAUUCACAUCAUCAGUUGUUUGAAAAGCGACGUACGAGUGUACCAGUAAAUACAAUAAGUUACAUUUCAACAGAUAAUAUUUCAAAGACAGAUGGAAGUGACGAUCACAAUUACAUUAUUGGUGAAUGUGGACAUCGAAGAGUGACGGGUUUCUCAAGCACCACUGGUUAUCGCUGUGAAAAACACGGUGGUAGUGCAAAUCGGGGUAUGUCAUCUCAUGGAUAUACAACAACAAAUGGUUCAGCUGAGAUAUUGAGGAAGCAGCGCGAUGGAAGUGUUAAUGCGAGUUACUCGGACACUGAGAGGCACGAUGACUCCGUAUCAACGGUCAUCCAUCGCUCUGUAUCGGAAAAAUCACGGGAAAAGUGCCAGAGAGCACGUGGUAAUUUAUCUCAUGUUAUCGCUGAAUGUCGUCAUCGUACACCAUCUCAUAAACAUCAUGAGUGUCGUCAUGCAGAAUCAAAGCUUCGUCAUCAGGCUAGACUGGAGUAUGUGCAGAGUACACCAAAUGUUGCAACAAUUCACAACAGCAAAUUUGCAAGCGCUAAUCCACGUGGUGGUGGUGUUGGGGGGAUUGGGAGUGGUGGUGGUGGUGGUCAUCGUGGUCAUUGCAGUGGUGGAAAUAGCGGUGGUGUUGGCAGAGGGGGUGGUAUCAUUGGUGGUAAUAUUGUCGGUGGCAAUGCAGUGAUGAGAGGUGCCAAUGGAGGUAGUUCAAGUGGUGUUAGUGGAUCGACUAUCGAUAUUUCUAAUAUGUAUAGUGCUGUCUCGGACGGAGAACUCCUUGAUCUUGAAAUACUGCCGAUAUUUCAAAAAUUAUUGACAGAACGUCAUAAAACCACAACACGCGGUGGUUAUGGUGCUAAUAUUGCAAGCUGUCCUAAUAUAUCUAUCAAAUGUGACAUUGUUGAAUAUCUCUAACGAUUUCACUUCAUCUGGAAUUUAAUAAUUACCCAUUGUCUCAACUAAAAACAAUUACGAGUCGAGAAUAGUACAAGAUUAUUUUUAUUUCCAUACCUUGGCGUCGGUUUAUUCGGCUGUCAAAUGUGUCAAUUACGUAAGCAGGUGGGGGGAUGGAGAAAAGAUUUUGGAUGGAUUAAUCGAGAGGCAGAUCAGUGGAACAGAUGGUAUACAACACGAAUACACGUACCAUUAAUACACUUAGGAUUUAAGCCAACAAUUACUCGCUGUAUGUGAGUCAUUCUUAUUUAUAUGUAUUCGGAUGAUAUUUCUUGAGCCUAAAGAAAAGUAUUUGGAUUUUCUUUUCUCAAUCUUUGGAUAGAAAAUUUCACAUAAUGUGUCGUACAAUCUCUAAAAACAAUUAUCAUGGAAUAUGGAUAAUAUUGUGUAGGAUAUCUAAUGGAUUUCACUGAGAAUUAUGAUGAAAUUUAUUACAUAGGUUUAAUGAAUAACAAAAAUUUUUAUUGAAAAUUAUUGAUAUUGAAUAUUUGGAUAGAAUUCGCAAGUGUAAUGAAGUGUUGAUUAUAAUCACAUUUUUUAGUUUUUUGUUAUUGCAAAACUGAUAUCCUACGGAAACAUAAAAUAUCUCUUGUCGGAAAAUUGUUACUAAUUUAAUAGAUAUUUAUAAGAAAAAAAUGCUAAAAAAACAAUAUAAAAAAUAAAUAAAUCUUUCAAUAUGAUAAAAACUGUUUACAAAAGAAAAAAUUGAAAAAAAAAAAAUGCUUAGUGAGAAAUUUGUAUGAAUGUUAGCUGUAUAUUUUUAGCUAAGUCAUUCUCGAUAAGGAGUGGAAAACGAUAAAAUUACAUAGAUCAAUAAAAAAUAAGCAGAUCGAUCAUUUGUCAGAUAAAUUUUUCAACUCAACGGGAACAUAACUUUCUGUAAACUCUCUAAAAAUGAGAUCUGAAAAUCUAAAGAGCAGUUUUGGGAUUUUCAUUGCAGGAGACUCCCGUUAUAGUCGCGUGCAAGGGGCUGUAGGGGAAGUUAAUUCAGAAGAUCCGAUUAUAUGGAACUACCCCAACCACUCGCCACCCUCUCCUCGCCACCCGCUCCUCGCCACGGUAAACUGAAUUUUUUCAUGACAAUUUCGAAUACAAGAAAGAAUUUAUUUUUCGGCUUUAUUUCUCCUGGAAUUUAAUUCCUCAGUGGAUGAAACAAUUAAUUGUUUAUAUUUUAUGGCAUGGGGGUAGUAAAGUCCCCGGAAGGCAUGACUAUAAUGGGAUUCUACUGUACCGCAUUUAGAAAGCCUAUGGGAUUUCUUGACACAUUUUUCAUUAAUCCACAAAUUUCAAAUUUCCACAAAAAUCGCAUAAAAUUUUUUUUGGUGUAAUUGCAAAAUAUCGUUGGAAAUGUUUGUAGAGCUGUAUACCUUGUUCAUUAAUUCUUUUCUACUCCAGAAAAAAAAGAAAAGUUACCAAAGACCUAAAUACGUUAUUACAAAGAUAUGCUCGGUCGCGUUGUAUUUCACUGGAACUCCUCACAAUCGAAUUUAUCUCAUUAUUUAUUUUAAACAAUAAAUAACAGACAACGCUAUCCGAAUUAUCAAAGAUAAUUGAGAUGCAACGCGAUCUGCCAGGAAAGUUAAUAUAUAUGAAACUAGAUAAAUAAAAACAAUAUAACAGUGAAUGGAGAAAGAAUUCUAUCACAUUCCCCAAACACGACGUAUUCUUGUGAUACUGUUAAGUUGACUUUGUACAUGUACUUAUUACAUUGUUAUCACGAUCAUGCCGCAAUACGUAUAUGUUUAUAAAUCUGUAUAAUUUAAACAAAAAAAAAACAAAAACGAAUGAAGUAUUCGACUGUUGGCAGAUGAACAAGUAAACAAAAAUAGGAGAGAAAAAAAAA